ACCAGAGGCUCAGAGGCGGCCGCGCACGUCCCCUCCCACCGCCGCUGUCUGCCGUGGCCACACCUGCGUGAACCGGAGGAAAGUCCGUGCGUAACGGAGACAGAAGCCGAGAGACACCGGGAGAGCAGCGAGCAGGCACGGAUACAGCGCGUACGGGAGGAUCAGGACGGAAAGAUCUGGAAAUACCGACCACAGACGCGAGUAACGGGGAUGGAGAAGGCGAUGAACAGCGGAUAAACGAGACCGGGAAUCGAAAUGAACGAACGCGAGGUGUAACAUGGGAACAGGAGACACCGGAUCCGCGCGCUGCAGUUUGGACAGAUCUCCAUUUGGGCUCAGCUCGUGGGCGCUGACUCACACUUGCCCCCUGUGUUCCUGAUGCCCUGCCUGGCCUCAUCAUUGUAACUGUGGACAGAAAGAGCGCCACCUCCUGACACCUGCUGUAUCUGUACUCCCAGAUGACCAGUGGCCCUGUCCCAUCACCGUCUUGUGUGGUCAGCCUGUCUGUCCCGUAGAGUUUGGCAUGGGUGGUCAUCCUUCAGACAGAUGGUGCCCGCUCUGACCCCGCUCCUCGCCUGGGGGGACGCCAGCAGUGUGGACGGCUGACGGAGGAGAUGAGAAGAGGGUGGUGCCGAUACGGAGAGAACGCUGCAUUUCUACAAACCGCUCCGAACGACGCCUCUUUGAUUGGAUAUUGAUGCUGUAACAAGGAGCUCAACACAAGCCAGUGGAUUUACCAACAAAGACAAUUAUAUCGAUUCUGCCCUACGUCGCUUCGGUCGACUGUGUGUGCGGCCCAAAGUAUCGAGAACAACAGAACUUUCAGCACUUUAAAGCCACUCUGAGUGAUUUUUACCGUGAAAAAACAGAACUAAUUGAAUUUGCAGUGGUCCAAAGUUAUUCCUCACUCACUUUAUCCAUUACGAACAUCCUAAGCACUCACCACGAUGAGUUUAUAAGCACUUUCCGCAAUUUCCAAAGACAAAAGCGCAGUUUGAAUCUUCAGUGUUUGGAUUCAUUGACUACAGACUAAAGUUGCUGCAGUAGUGGCGGCUUCACACAACACGCUGGACCCCAAAGCAGGAUGCCUGAACUGGACCACUUUCCCCCCCAGAGGGACCCUCACCAAGGCCCUGACCCGGCCCGAAUCCAGCACAGCAUUCUGGAGGAGCAGGUGGAGCUGUGGUGGUUCCGAGAUCCAGGGAGGUCGCUGCUUUGCUACACCGUGUCCAUACUCCUGAUUUUGGGCUGCGGGUUGGGGGGGGUUGGUCUCCUGUCCACGACCACCAGCGUUUCCAGCGAAUGGCGCUUAGGGGCGGGGACGGCGCUCUGUCUGCUGGCGUUGGGAGUCCUCCUCAAACAGCUGCUGAGCUCGGCGGUCCAGGACAUGAACUGCGUGAGGAGCAGGCAGAGGAUCGAGAUGCUAAAAAGCGGCGGCUUGUCUGACCUCUUGGUUGUUUUCAUCACCGGUGUGUCGUUGCUUAUAUGCGGCGGCGUUUUGCUUCGGCUCGCCCUGGCUAACGACAUGCCCAAACCGGGACAGGCGCUGAACGACAUGUACAUCUCGGGCGUGGUGCUGUUGGCUGGAGGGGCGGCGUCCGUGGUGGGGGUGGGCGUGUACUCAGUGGUGGUGAUGCUGUUGGAGCGGACGAGGCACGGCAGGCGGUUUGUGGACAGGGUUUUUCAUAUUUUUACCGUUUCUGGACACAUGGACCGGCCGGGACGCAGGGAGACGACGUCCAGUUUGGCUAACCUCAUCUGACGCUCGUACUGGACACAAGUUUGUUUCGUUAUGCGAAUUACGUGUAAAAAUAACUGGGAUGUCAGGAAGUGAGAUUUGAGGGAUCUGACCCUAUGCAACUUCCAACGGUCUUUACUUAAAGGUGCACUACGUAACUUUUCUGGUUGAGGGUCUGCCACAAAUUAAUUUCCAUCGAUAUGCCAUUGCUUUGCCUAGAAUGUCCCACAGUAUGGCUUUAAACGUACAUGACCUGUCAAAAGUUUGGACACACAAGCAGAUGAUAACACUUCACACACUAGGCCAAGUUACAGGUCAGAUCUGUGGAGAGGAGAGACAAGCCUGCUUUUCAGGGUAGACCAAUAAUAAACAUGUCCAAAUCUCCAUGGAGACAAGCAGGUAGUAGAACCUCCACCACAAAAAGUUCCUUAGUGCACCUUUUAACAUGAAUGUCCAAAUGAAACUACGAUAUUAUUAUGGCUUAAAAUAAAAUUAUAUAAAUUAUAAAUGUGUUUUAAAUGGAUCCCAGGAAGAUGAGCUGGCCAUCAGGUAAAACUACUAACACAUGCCCCAGGUGGUCUAGGUGGAAUUGAACCUCAAACUGUCUCGCUAUAAGGCAGGAGCACCAUACUUCACACUACAACUUACUUGACAAUGACAUAAUGAACUCUUUAUCUAAACACUGUCUAAUCGUCUUAAACUUUAUCAACUUUUCAUCAGUCAGGCUGACACCGUAGACUGGAUAAUGCUAGACUAGACGGUUAAUACUGCAUUUUCCAGUCGCACCAGCCAAAAAAUGCAAAAUAAUGAAAAAAAACCCAAAAACAGUCGCACUAGGCUAUAAGUCGCAUUUUGUGGGGAAAUUUAUUUUACAAAAUCUGAGACCAAGGAGAGACAUUUUAUCUUUAAAGGCAAGUUAUGACAAUAAAAUAGAGAACAACAGGCUGAAUAUCAGUACAGCACGCUAAUGUAACAUUUAUAUUUAUUCAGUUACAUGAAGCAGAGACAGAACUAAAUACGUGUCUAGUUUGAUAAUGUAAGAUAUAACAGUUAAUCAGAUAAAUAAAGCAUAAAAAACAAGCUAAAAAGUUUACUCUGGAUCUCACUCCAAAUCACUAAAUCCAUUGAACCAACUCUGGAGGAAGAUGAAGCGCCUCUUCCUCUUCUGUGUGGCUGUCAUCAGACUCAACAGAAUACCAUUUUCUCAACAGAAUACCAUUUUCUUUUAGGGGCAUUUUUGUUGAGUCUUUCUCAGAUGUCUUAAAUUACUGUAAAGUUUUUGGCUUGAAUACAAAUUGCGUUUUCAAAUUUGCUUCUCCCUGUGAAUACCCGGCACUAGAACAAUGGAUUGCCAGACCUGGUGACCUAAACUUUAAAUGUUCAGUGGUACAGGAGCAGUAGAUACUGAUACAAGCCUAGAGUGUCCUUGUGCAGUUGUCAGUGUGACAGUAAUGAAGAUGUGACAUUAUAUAAUUUUCACAUAUAAGUAGCAUCUGAGUAUAAAUAAACUAUGAAAAAGUGCGACUUAUUGUUGGGAAAAUAUGGUAAUGUUCAAAUCUUGAUUUACAAACACAAUAGCGAAAUAAAAACCAGGAUCAUGUAGAACGGGUUAAUACGAACAUUUAAGACCAAAAUGAUGAGUCUGACAGCAGCAGUUACAGAGAGAGAGGACGUUUUUUCAAUAGACUUGGAGCCAGAGUCGACUGCUAGCAAGUUAGCGCUGUCCAUUUCUCUAUACAGUCUAUGGUUGAAAUAGAAAUUCUUCUAAAACUGCACACGUACUUGUAAAUUGAAUUGCUCCUGACAUCCCAAAAACGUCAUUAGAAUGAACACUGACAGAAACUGGAUUAAAACAUGAUCCAUCUUCACUGAGCCAGCCUCGUCUGCCUGAUCAGACUUCGACAAACGCCAAAAGAGCGGAAAUCUUAACAUCCUCCUAAUGAAGAUGUAGCAAUAAGCCGUCAGACGAAACGCUCACAAAUGGAACUGGGAUUACAGCACUGUCACUAAACGACUGCAAAGGACUUUUAAAGACAGACGCAGAUUAAAGCACAUAUGUAUUCACUGCGGCUGGACUUUUUCGAAUGUGAGCUGGAGACUCUGAGAUAACAUUUUGUUCUCCUUAAGAUGAUUUCACGUUCACUGUAAUGUACCGUUCUUUCAAAGUGUCCUUGGCCACUCACUGACCACUACCUGCGCUGAUUGUAACUCAAUAAAAUGGUUCUGAAGCACAUGUUUCA